AGCAAACCAAAACUCACACUCACACACACACACUUGCCGGCUCUUCAGCGGGAGACAGAGAGACACACAAAGAGCGAGAGAUACAUAGAUAUGAGCACGUUGAUGAGUGCAACGCACACAUUCACCAAGCUUUUAUCGCCUUCUUCGCAUUCCUUUUCUCUUCGACCCUCUACUUCUCUCCUCACUGGCCACCAGAUGAGUACGGAGGCUGAGAAUGUUAUUGCUCGGCUCAACAAUUCGGGUUUGUUACGAAGCCAAGGCCUCAUUGCUGGGAAAUGGGUUGAUCCCAUGACAGAAAAACUAUCAAGCUGGGAAGCACGGACGUGGCCCCAGAGGAGUUGCACCGGUGUCCGAUGCAACGCGACACGGUGACACGCGGCGCCAGAGGAGUCGCACCGGUCCCCUCUCUCACAGACGCACUCAAGCUCACCUUGUUCUGGUUUCCUAAAGAACAAUCCCACCUCAUCGCAGAAUUGUAGA